AUGAUUUUACAAUUAAUUAAUUAUCCAGUCGAAGGAACUGUCGAAUAGGACCAUUCAAAGUCUCCAAAAAAAAGAGCAAUUAUAAUAAAACAUUUUCGUUAUCCUAUGAAGACUUAAACCAAUAAUUUGAUAUUUCCGCUACGAUCUCCGCAAAUCAUCUCAAGUAAAAGUAGUACCAGACAAAAUGAAAUAAAUUGGUUUAGUGAUAGUAAUCUAAUAAAGGAGCAUAAUUAAACAUUUUGUUAAUCAAAUAACUUCAAAUCCGUUUUUAAAUUAGGCAGUGAAUAAAAAAAUAGAUUUGCCAUUAUAAAAAAGGUUUUCAAAAAGGAAGAUGAAAAGGAUUGCCUAUUUAUAGAGAGAAAGUUGAGUUUAUUAAAAUUUAAUUUUAAGGAGAAGGAAAAGGAAAAGGAAGAGAGCCAAAAAAUUUCUAUAGAUUAUUCACCAGUCAAGAUUCCUUAAACAGCACAAUCAACACGAAAGAAACAAAGUUUGAAUGAUAAAAAUAAAUAUUAAUUAUUUUAGAAUAAGAUCAACAGAAGAUUUAAUAGCGACACCGAUUUAUCAGAUUAAAAACCAAAUCGAAAGAAAAUAAUUUCGUACUCAAUAAGGCCUAACACUCAUAAUUAUGAUCGUGAUCAUUAAGAGUUUGCUCAAAGCAUCUUAAAUCAAUAUUUGAAAAAAAGUUUGUAAGAUUAAUGA